AUGGCUGCACAGGGUUACGCUCCCGCCGUGCUGAUAAGAGGAGAUGGGAGCUUCAACGAAAAUAUCGAAAGACAUCUGAAUUUGGACUACGAGAAUGAUCGCAUCGGUGUCGUGUCCGUCAUUGGUGUUCAAAGUUCAGGAAAGAGUACACUUAUGAAUAGAUGCUUUUCUACAAACUUCCAGGAGAUGGAUGGUAGCCAGGGACCUCAGCAAACAACGAGAGGAAUUUGGAUACAAAAGUGCUCAUCUCCGGAAGGCCACCGGAAAAUCCUUGUCCUUGAUACAGAAGGAACUGAUGGGAGGGAGAGAGGCCAAGAGGGUAUUGGAGCAUUUGAAAGAGAAACGACGUUUUUUGCCUUGGCUAUGUCUAAUGUGGUGAUAUUCAACGUGAAGCACGACAAUAUCAAUCUUAACAAUGGUGGGAGUCGGUCGCUCCUAGAAACCAUGUUUCAGGUGAUGGUGCGGAACUUUAGCACCCCAAGACGAGUGCAUAUAGUGAUUGUUAUUCGUGAUAGACCACCCAAGUCCCCCAUAGAGAAACUGAGAGAGCGGGCUAUAGGGAACCUUCACGAGAUCUGGAAUGGAAUAUUCACAUCCCUAGGUGCAAAUAGGCCAGUGCUGCAGGAUUAUCUAACUAUUGAAGUGGAGGCGUUAGUGGAUUAUGUAUAUGAGAGGGAACAGUUUGAAAGCGAGGUGGUCGGGUUGAGAGAUCGAAUUUUUAAGUUGGCUCAGCGAAACGGAUAUGCUCCAACAGAAUUUAUCGACCUCGCAAGAAAGACCUGGAACGCCACUAAGAAUGACAGGAUCCUCAACACUGAAUUCAAACGGAGAGUAACAGUUGAUGGUGUGCAUUGUCAUAAUGUCAAAGAGGAGAUUAUUCAAAGUUUUGGCCAAAACAAGGAGUGGCUUGAAAUAAAGGAAGAGGUCGAGUUUGAUGUAUUAAUAUUAUCGAAAAACUUUGGCAAACAAGUCAGUUCAAUUAUUGGCACCUACCUCACCCAGUACGAUGAUGCGACCGCACAGCUUCAUGAACAAACACGAAAUGAGCAAAGAGGGCAAUUGAUUGGACAAAUACUGAGGGAGAUUGAGCCUACAUUUCGCUCUCUUGUGCAUAAACAAAGGGCUGCAACUACCACAAAUUUUGUGCGAGAAAUAGCAGAUAAGCUGACCAGCCUAACAACUAAGCCGCUGGUUCCGGAUAAACAUUUCACAGAAUUCCAGAAUCUUGUCCAAGGUGCCCAUGUCGAACAUGCCAACUGGAAUCACCUUCAUGAACAAUUGGAGACUCUGCUAACGGAAUUAGACGAUUUUCGAAGAGAUGGUGACGCUAUUUACGAACUGCUGAAAAAGAAGGAGGGAAAUGAAAAUUCAAUAUUGAAGGGCAUUGGAAUGCUGAGCUUCAAAAUAUUAUUUGUCAUUCGUGGUGCCGGUUUUACGGUGGAUACGGGUGCAGUUGCAGCCGCUCCAGUGGUGCAAGGAAUUGUGGCAACCCUUGGUUCAGUUGAAGGAGUUUUCUUUGCUUUGGGAUCCUUCUAUACUCUCAUGAUAAGCUUGGUGAGCUACUUUCAUGGUGGAAAACGCUUUAUAGAAUGGCGCGAUCGAAAUAAUACGAGAGAGGAAUAUAGGAAAUUCCAAGAGCAGCGUACCACUAAUAAUAGAGAAGAACUUGGCAAAUCUAAAGAGCAAAAACAUGAUCCUACCAGCAAAGAAGAACAAAAGGAUUUACACAAGCGACAUCCCAGUAUCAUAGAGGAAGGUAGGGAAUCUAGUGAGCAUAGGGAAUCUCCAGAUGAUGAACAUCCAACAAUCAUAGAGAAACAUGGGGAACCACAAAAGCAGCAUUCAACUUUGAGAGAAGAACUUAGCAAAUCUCAAGAGCAACAUCUAAGCAUCAGUGGAGAAGAACAAACGGAACUUUACAAGCAAUCCCACGAGCAACAUGCAAGUAUCGAAGGGGAACGUCGGGAAAUCGACAAGCAAAAUCCCUCUAUCGUUGAGGAAUCUAAGAAACCCCAAGAUCAGCGUCCCCCAAUCACAGAGGAACACAAGGCAUCCCAAGAGCAGCAUUCGACUAGAAGAGAUGAACAUAAGAAUUUUCAAGAUCGAUAUCCAAAUAGAGAAGAAUAUUAUAGGGAAUCCCAAGAGCAUCCAAUCCGAAAAGAACGUAGGGAAUCCCACGAGCAAUAUCCCGCUAUUAGUAAGGAACGUAGAGAUUCUCAAAACCAACGUCCAACUACCGAAGAAAAACGUAGAGAAUCUCACAAUUUAAAAACAACACCGGAAGAGUAUGACAACCGGCUGUUUCAUCGAAGAAGGGAAUCCCUUGAACAGGAUAAGACUCCAAGGAGCGUUGCAGUGGGGUAUGAUAAUCGGCUCCCUUUGCAAUACACAGCAGGAGGGAGAUGGGAAGGUCAUGAUCCCUGUCAAAUCAGUGAGCAUGACCUGGCUAUAACGAGUAUGAGUGAAGAGAUUAGUAACAGUAGCAGGGGCAAAUCCCGCAUCACUUUCACAAAAGAUGAAAGUAAAGAAAAAUACAACAAGCAGAAAAGAGAAGACAAGAACGAUAGCCGUGAGUUGUCUUUAUCUCAGCCGAAGAGAGGAAUUUCAAAUUUCAAGGAUCAGUUAAUUAAAAAGAGCCUCUUCUUCGUGGGAGCCCUGGCUCUUGCUCAGGCAAAACAAUCAUACAAGGAUUUGAAAGAAGUGACUCACAAAGUUUACUUUGAUGUUGAGAUCGAUGGAAAACAUGCGGGGCGAGUCGUGAUGGGUCUCUUCGGGAAAGCAGUUCCUCAAACUGUAGAAAAUUUCAGAGCGUUGUGCACAGGGGAGAAAGGUAUUGGAAGGAGUGGGAAGCCUCUCCAUUAUAAAGGAAGCAAAUUCCAUAGGAUCAUCCCUAGCUUCAUCAUUCAAGGUGGUGACUUCACCCUUGGUGAUGGAAGAGGGGGCGAAUCGAUUUAUGGUGAGAAAUUUGCUGAUGAGAACUUCAAGCUCAAGCAUACUGGAAAAGGUCUUUUGUCCAUGGCCAACGUUGGUCCCGACACCAAUGGUUCACAGUUCUUCAUUACAACUGUUACAGCCAGCAGGUUGGAUGGCCGAAACGUCGUCUUCGGUAAAGUGCUCUCCGGGAUGGAUGUGGUACAUAAGAUUGAAGCACAAGGCAGGCAAAAUGGAGCACCCAAAAGCAAAGUUGUAAUUGCAGACAGCGGUGAACUCCCUCUGUCCUCUAAGAAACUAAAUGAUCGUGCUGGCUUAGGCUUUCGCACCCCAGCUUCAGACUUAAUUGCUUUAUGA